GAAUGUAAAUUCGUGAACACAAAUUUUGGUGGCAUUUGGUGACUGAGAAGGGACAGUAACAGACAAGCUAUCAGAACUCCACCACCUUCUACAAUAAACCAUGGGCUGGCAUGAUGGAUGUGUACGUUGCAUGGUCGGGGUCCCCUUUGCCUCAGUCAUUGCCACGGCUCUUUGUUUUGCUGGAGUGGCUCUGUUCUGUGGCUGCGGCCAUGAAGCUCUCUCUGGAACUGAGAAACUGAUUGAGACACAUUUUUCCAAAAAUUACCAGGAAUACGAGUACCUCAUACAUGUGGUUAAUGCAUUCCAGUAUGUGAUUUACGGCAUUGCAGUCUUCUUCUUUUUGUUCGGGAUUCUGCUUCUGGCUGAGGGAUUUUAUACCACGACUGCCAUUAAACACAUUUUGGGAGAAUUUAAGCUUCCUGCCGUAAAGGGAGGCCUUAUCUCUACUGUGACUGGUGGGCCACCCAAAGGACGAAGCACAAGAGGAAGGCAUCCAGUGCACACACUAGAGCUACUCUGUCGUUGUUUGGGAAGGUGGCUUGGACACCCUGACAAGUUUGUCGGUGUAACCUAUGCCGUCACCAUCCUGUGGAUAUUGAUCCUUGCCUGCUCUGCUGUGCCUGUCUACAUUUACUUCAACACUUGGGUGACCUGCCAGUCCAUUGCCGUACCAGGGAAGACUUCUGCCAGUAUCAGCACACUCUGUGCCGAUGCCCGGAUGUAUGGUGUCCUUCCAUGGAAUGCUUUUCCUGGGAAAGUGUGUGGAACGAGUCUCCUAGCAAUUUGCAAAACAAGCGAGUUCCAGAUGACAUUCCAUCUUUUCAUCGUUGCAUUUGUGGGAGCAGCAGCAACACUUGUAGCCCUGCUCACUUAUAUGGUAGGCGCAUCAUUCAACUAUGCUGUGCUUCGAGUUACUGGCCGGAGCGAUCGUUCAAAGUUUUAGACCCUGUGUCAUGGGUUGCUAGAGAAAUACAAAACCCUGCCUUCAUAAUCUUAUUUGUGACUUUAUAAUAUAUUAUUUUAAUUUAUUAUUUUAAUGAUGGAGUUUUAUUAAUGUAGUCGGUGAUUUAAACGGGUGACCUUUGUCUGCCCUUUUUUCCCUCCAUGUUUUAUCUGAUAGCUUCUAGUUUAUUUUGAACACCAUCUUGAAUUACAUUUAAUAUCCUCUAAGGCAGCUUCUCCGUAAAACGUUUUUAUUUCUAAUAGAAAUAUGAAAUAUUGAUUUGCCACAUUUGAUUAAAUUUAUAUGAAUCCAGAAGCAUAAAUGGGACGUUGACAUAAUCAGUUCUUAACCACUCAAUGCUUUCAUUGUUUUUAAUAGGCUUUUGACCCAUACUUGCCCUUGUUUGUUCUACUGACGCUUUUCCCAGUUUUGGGGCUAGUUAUAGCCAAAAAUAGAUAAUUUUCCUUUAUAAUGUUAUAAUAACAUUUAAAUUAUUUAUAUUAUAAUCUACUCCAAAAUGCUAACAGCCAAAAAAAAAAAGAAUUUAGAGUGUGAUACACAUUUGGACUUAUAAUGAUAGAAUAUGGGGUCAUGAUGCUAGAAUCAUUUGACCUCCAUCCCUGUGACAUAACAUGCAUAUACAGAGAUUGUGCCCCCUGCACAAUGAAUUGGGUCCCUUACAAAAUGGAGGCACUGCGCUUUGCUCUUGCUUUAACAGUUAUCAUCUACACCAUAUUUGAAGGCCACUGUAGUUGCUUUUGUCACAAAAUAAUUAAAAUUAUUAAAUCGCAUCAAUGGAGGAGACCCUCGCUCAACAGUGAGCCCAUAAACUUUUAUUACAUUCCUGCAAAACAGUAAAUAAGUCACAACAUGAACCAAUUUCUCUAUAAAUUUGCUCAGUAGGCAAUAACCUGAGGGGUUAUGUUUCCUCAUACAUGACAGGAAGCUUAACAUCAUGAAGACUAAUUAUAAGCUUAUCUGCAUAUACCUGAUCUCCAUCCUUCUCCAUGGGACACUGUCCUACAAAAAUCCACUGUUGCCUUCUACAUUUAAUAUGGAAUUUUGCAAAACCUUAAUGGCUGUAGCAAUUUGGUUUUAAAGACAUUGGGAUUUUUCGCACUGGUUAAUUACGCACCCGCCAGUCUUACCCAGUGUACUACAAAAUACAAAGACAGUAGUUGAUUUAUCUAACUGUUUUGUGUAGACCGUGAGGAGGAUCCGCACACUGUAAUAUUUGUGCUAGGUGCAGCAUCUCAGGUUUACUCUGGUUCUUAGACAAUAUAAAAUAAUUAAGUGAGUUGGGCAGCACAAUUAACAUAACUGUUUUUGCUGCAGUGGACCCAGCAACAUUACAAUUUAGGCCUCAAAUAUCUCAUUCAGGUACCUGCUUAAUAAAGAUCCCACUAAGGGUUGAAAGAUUGCUAGGUCCACUUAUUAGAAAGCCAGUUUAACUAAAUCUGGUGUUUGGCUCCAUUUUCACGUUUUAUUGUUAACACAGGCCACAUAAUAAGCGUUGGUUAGUGGAGAGUCAGCAACCCUUCCUCUAAAACGUUUUGUUUCUACUUCUGUAAUAUUUAAAGGAGGGAAAAACAUGCAAUCUUUGAAAGUAAACGGUUUUGUCUAUUGCAACAAAGCAAAACUAUUAUUUUAGUAUGAGCUACAAUAUAUAAAAAGUUAACGUUUCAUAAAUGCCUCUGUCAUGCAUUGCGAUGCAUUAAUUUCUCAGCCUGGAAUUUUAGUGAAACAUUAUAUUGAUUCAUUUCAAAUGUAAAAUGUCUCCCAAAUGAAAACAGGAAACUAUUUCACUUAACUAUUACAUUUCUAACGAAAAUGAUGUUAUAAUUUAAUUUUCAUUGUUACCCUCUCAUUCAAAGUGAUCUAGAAGAAUCUGUGGAAUUUUGAAUUUCCUCAGAUAAAUAUGAUGCAGUUUUUUUCUUGAUACUUUUUAUCAUAGAGGGUUUAUUUAUUAAUCGUUUAAGUCCUGAAUUCGCACAGGAGAGAAAAUAUGGGCAGAUGAUAAUUUAUUUAUAGCUUAGGUCACACAUGGGGGAGGGUUAAUGACAGAUUCAGGGGCCAGGAAUCUCCAUGUAGGAGGUGAGCCCACAAACUCUGCAUGUCUUCAUAUUUUCAAGCUAAUCUGCAUCUAAAACACACGCUUCUUCUGUGAAACAUACAUAGCCAAUUACAAAGUAUUGAAAUAGAAAGCAGAGGGCAGCACAGGACUAGAGAAUAUGCUUACAGCAUUUUAAAGCAACACUCCAACCACCAUAACCACUACAGCGCAUUGUAGCAGUUUAGGUGACAGGAGUGCCCUCUCACCCACCCAGAGUAAGUAAUCAAUGCUUUUACAAUUUACUUGGCUCGUGAUGGGGGCUGCCAAUGCCUUCCCUAAUGCUGGAAGCUUCUGUAAGAGUGCUCUCGGCCAAUAAGAGCCAUCCUUUAUUACUGGGCUUAGGUCAUUGAUCAGAGCUUCCAGCAGCAGGGAAAGCAGCAGCCUUAAACAGUUUGACUGCUUACUGAGAGUGGGCACCAGGGUUCUCCUCGCACUGCAACCACUAGCUUGAGCAAAUCAAGCUGUAGUGGUUAUGGUGCUUGAUUUUUUCUUUUAACAUGAGUAGAAAGUCAUAUGGUAUAUAGCUCAGUGUUGGUAAAUAUACAAAAUAGCAUGCUUUUUUAUCAAACUGCUUGAUUAUUCUGAUAUUUAAACUGCCUCUUUAUAAAGCUCAGUAACCAGAGUGUCAUGCACAUAAACGACACAUAGAUUAUACUAUUUACUGGCAGUUAAUGAAUUUUAACGUUCUAAGGUUCUCUGUAGGGUUCCUAAUGGUGCUCGUCCUGAUUGUGUGUUGGUAUGUAUAUCGAUAUGUAUAUCCAUACACGGAUACACACAUACAACACACACAGUAACAGGAGUCUUGCUUAAGAAGACAGUGGGCAUUGAAGUUAAAUAUUUGUUUUCAUUUCUUUUUUGUUUGUUUGUUUGUUUUUCUUUUGAUGUGAAUCACUAAUUGUGAAAUGUAAGAAUUUCAAAAACAAUUAAAAUGUUUCUUUAUUAAAUAUA